GCUCCAGGCGCUGCCUGGUGGUCGCUUAAUAAGCUACUAGAAUGACACAGGACACGUGACCACGUACAUGUAUUUAGUUUAUUUGACUACCGUCCCGCUCCUGCAUUCGGUCGGCAUUUGAUCAACGCGCGCGCUCCUUCUGCUUAGACACAAUCGCUGCGGCCAAGAGCCUCGCUGGCUACAUAUACAGCGAUAACGAGAGCUGUUGCAGCGCUUUGUGCUCUGAAGCGGCAGGGCGCCCUGCUUAGGGUUUUGCUUGGGGUGUCCCUUGCUUCCAGCGCCAACGACUCCACGUCCCUGCACCGGCCACCCCCACCUGCGCGCUUACCCAGCUAACUUUCAACAGAUCUCUGGAUGCUUUGAGUCACCGAACGCCUGUACAGCAUGGCCCCAGCACCCUUCGGGCACGCUUCGGGGGCCGGGCUCCUGCGGCUUGGCCCACCCUCCCACUCGCCACAGCACGCGCGCUGCCUGCGCGCACCGUCGGCGGCCCACGGCGCUGCCGGGGUCAGGUCGGGUGUGGGCCUGGGCGCCCGAGCAACACGCGUGCCGCUCUUGGUGUCGGCCUACGCCGCCAGCGAGCAGCUUUUCAAGAAAUCGCCUAGCCUGAUUUCGAAGGAGGAGCGCAGCAUUCGUAAGAACUUCAAACAGGUGCAGAACAAGAUCAACUCCUUCCCCCGUGUCGACAACCGCAAGAUGAUGCAGGCGACCAUCCAGCAUGGCAAAGAAGACUUUGCCGACGGCUUCAACAAGAUGGCGUCAAUGUUCAGUGCAGAGGAUGUUGAGCAAAGCACAGCUAAAACAGCAAUCGACAAGGUGACCGGUGCCAUCCGCCAGUCCACUUUACUCAAGGUAACCCGGACACAUUCCGGUGGCAGCUUUGGCCGGCGCACGCUGGUGACGGGAGCAUUCGACGUCGACCUCAUCGUGUACGUGAAGCAGUACAAUGGGUGCGGCAUGACGGACCCGGACACCUGGCGGUACGACUCGGACCUCGUGACGGACAUGCGGCGGCACGUGGUUGCAACGCUGGAGGCAGCCAACUCUGCGUGGGAUGUGAGGGUCCCAGGCAACGCCCACUACUGCGACGUGCUCCAGGUGACGGUGCGGGGCGUGCCGGUGGAUCUGCUGUUGGUGCCCGACUGCGCGCGAGGCAAGCCCGGGGACCCAGCGUGGGAGCAGCACGUCGCCCUCAUGACCGAGGUGUACGACAACCCCGCUGCGGCCGAGUACGACCACAUCCGCGAGCGCGCCGACGCAGCGGCCUUCACACGAUACGUGGAAGGCGUGCACGACGACGUGAAGGGCGUGGUGCGCUACGUCAAGGCGCUGUACAAGUACGGCAUCCUGCUGGACACCGCGGACACCCCCAAGGGCGGCGGCGGCAGCUGGUGGCCGCCCGAGGACGACCGCAUUCGCUCCGUGUCGCUGGAGGUGCUGGUGCUGGCAGCCGACCAGCGGCUGAGGCAGCGCAAGUACAGGGGAGGCACGCCCGCCAGCGGCAACAUGUACAAGUUGGAGCUGUUCAUUGAGUUCUUGGAGCUUGUGGUCGCGGCCGUGGAGGAGGGGGAGGUGGUGAAGGUCCGGGCGAAGAAGUGGGGCUUUGACGGGGACGUGUACGACUUCGCGCACUGCUGGGAGGGCGACGCGGUCCGCAUCAUCCACCCAAUUGACCCCACCUGCAACCUGGAGCGGCCGCGCGAGCACCGCGGGCCCCCCAACUGGCGGCCGCUGGUGGAGCUGGCGAGAAGCAUCCUGGACCUGAUGAAACGCGGCGGCACGUUUGAAGAGUUUCGUGCGAUACGGGCAGUGCAAGUGCCCCUCCUUGCCAUGAACGAAAAGCUCUUUGCCCAGACAGUUGCUGGACUCUUUCUGUGAUGGGUCCGCAGGUUACCUUGCAAUCAAUGCCAUGGACUCCCGCGAGUGGGGUGACACAUUACAUAUUUACAUUGACACGCGGUGGACUCGUGCGGAGGGGACUUUGAUCAUGAAGCUGGGCACAGCUGGCGUCUGACCAGACGAGCGAUAACAAGUUAGGCGCUUCGAGCGCACAGUAACAUCUACGGCGGUAUGCAGGGUCUUUGAUAUGAAUGAUGUCGAUGCGCAGCUGUGCAGGACGGUGUGGCGAACGUGACGGCGUGCCGUGAUUUGAUUAUUGGUUUGAGGCGCUGUGUCUGAUUUAGUUUGAUGCCCGCGGCAAACCUAUCUUUCCACGCAGCUCGAUGUACCGACGUGCAUUGUUGUACAGUGAUCAAGGUGUAUAUGAGAGGUCAUGACUGGUGAGGAAGGGAGAAUGCGCCGUUGCCGUGUGGGGGAGACCAUUGGAAGGGGCACGGAAGGGGUUGGGGGAUGCGGUUGAGUCGGCUGCGGCUGUAGAGCGUGGCUGUUGGUGUGUACGCACUCUUGCCUUGGCGUUGUUCAUUGAAUGUUGGGGUCUGGGAACUCGGGACUACGCCAACCUGCCCCUUACCCUGUCUCAUCGCAUCCACGAGCGUGGCUGUUUGUGUCGCACCAGGCCAUCAGCCAUCCGGCCGGCAUGGCCAGAUGGGCUGUGGUGAAGUACGGUGUAGGCGUUGCAGUACCACUGGCAAGCUUUUCAAUGCAGCUGACAGUGUGGAACCCUUUAGGUCCUGAAUGCCAUAUGGACACUCGGACAACGCGUUGACCAAGGCAAGUCAUGACAUUGAUGAAGUCCUGCUCUGGGCAACUGCGCCUCUGGCGCUCCUGCGGGCCUAAUGUUCUGCACUCCUGCACUCCUGCCACGUCGUUGAUCGUCUUCUUCGGGCCGCAUACGGCGUACCCUUAGCUUCCAGCAUUUGCAUCGUUGUCCCCGCAGCACCGCCCCAGGCCCUGGUGCCCCGCGCCGCAUAAGCUCAAAUAAGCUCAAUCCAUAACAUGAGGACGUGUCACUGUCCAACGAGCCACAACAGCAGUCCGGCCGCUACGUACGGUAAACACACGCUUCGGUUCUCGCGUGUAGCCG